AUGUAGAGUAGAAUGGCCAAGAGACUGCAAAAGGAUUUAGAGCAGAUGCAAAAGUCCUAUGUAGAUCAAUUUAAUGUGAGAAUGCCCAAUAAUGAUAUUAAACAUUGGAUUGUAGCAUUUGAAGGUGCAAAGGGAACUUUGUAUCAAGGAGAGAAAUUCGAAUUGCAAUUCAAGUUUUCAAACGAAUAUCCUAUUGAAUCUCCUGAAGUAAUCUUUAUUGGCAAACCUCCUGAGCAUGAACAUAUUUAUUCCAAUGGAUUUAUUUGCUUAUCAAUAUUAUUCGAUGAGUGGUCAGCCGCCCUCACUGUAAGUUCUGUUUGCUUGUCUAUACAAUCAAUGCUAUCAAGUGCAACAAAAAAGAUGAAACCCCCUAAUGAUGCCGAAUUUGUGAAAAGAGCAGCAGGAAGAGGACCCAAGAGCUUUCUUUGGAGUUAUCAUGAUGAAAAAUGUUGAAGGCGCUCUAUAAAUUAAUAUUGCACCAUAUAAACAUAUAAAA